GCCGUUCAGUUAGACCAGUACCAGCAUACACAACGCACAACUAUUGAAUCAUACUAGCUCACAUUCGCAAGACCUCAGCUCAGUCUAGUUUGUAGCCUAGACAGGUACUGCAGCUAAAGGUGUGAUCAUGGCUGGACUUUUUAAGAACCUCUAGCGUCGGCUUUUCUGCUUGCUGAUACGGCACAGCAGAAACCAUACAGGAUCAUCCAACUAUUAUUAGGAGGUCCCCAGACUCCACACACUCCACACAAACGCGUACACCACCAAGCAUCCAUCAUGCCUGUCCAGACCCCGCAAUGGACGGAGGUCCUCUCUUGUCCCGUGUGCUGCAAGGACUUCAGCCCGAGCGGCCGUCAGCCAGUCAGUCUGUCGUGCGGUCACACAGCCUGCAGAAUGUGUCUCAGCAAGCUGCAUCGUCAACAGUGCCCGUUCGAUCAGACUCCCAUUUCCAAGGAUGUGGACAAGCUUCCUACAAACUUUGCCAUUCUUCAGCUCGUGGCUGGUCAGGAAGUGAUGAGAGAUCCGUCAAGGAAACGGAUUCCCGAUGGCCUGAAGCCUGCUGAGUUUGAGAACUAUCAGACUACACAGGGCAUCAUUGAAGAAUUGGCUCUCUAUCUCAAGGCUCUUAACAAACCAUCUUCCGGUAGCCUGAAUGGAACCCUGAACGGUAACGGUGGCUCGCCCCUCCUCAGCCGUCCGAUCCAGCGUAAACUAGUCACCCUGGUCAAUUGUCAGCUGAUUGAGGGAGAAGGCAGGGCCAGGGUGGUUCGGGCAGCCCGAUCUCUGGGGGAGAGGAUCGUUACAGAACUGAUCAUUCAGCAUCAGAACCCGCAGCAGCUCUCUACCAACCUGUGGGCUGCAGUGCGAGCCAGAGGCUGCCAGUUUCUUGGACCUGCCAUGCAGGAGGAAACUCUGAAGCUUGUUCUGCUGGCGCUGGAGGACGGGACACCUCUCUCUCGCAAGGUCCUGGUCAUGUUUGUAGUCCAGAAGCUUGAGAUGCAGUUUCCCCAGGCCUCCAAGACGAGCGUGGGUCACGUGGUUCAGCUCCUCUACCGAGCGUCCUGUUUUAAGGUCACCAAGCGGGAAGAGGAGUCCUCUCUCAUGCAACUCAAAGAAGAGUUCCGCAACUACGAUUCCCUGAGACGCGAGCACGACACGCAGAUUGUUCAGAUAGCCAUCGAGGCCGGCUUGAGGAUAUCACCGGAACAGUGGUCGUCCCUACUGUACGGUGAUCUCAAUCAUAAAUCUCACAUGCAGUCCAUCAUUGACAAGCUCCAGACUCCAGCCUCCUUCACCUCCAGUAUCCAGGAGUUGACCAUUUGUCUCCAGCGCUCCGGAGAUCCAGUCCGCUUGGCCCAGCUCCACGCUCAGCUGGAGAAACUGGCAGCCAUUGACCCAAGUCCAGGAGCAAUGAUCUCCUCCUGGGAAGGCAUCCUGUCUGCUUUAGACUCUGUCAGGAAGGUCCUCAAGGGGCUGAUGGAGUUCCUCCAGAACUACUCCCAGAACAAGAAAGCCCUGGAUCUCCAGACCCAGAACAUCAAGUACAAGACCAGUCUGUGUCGGGACGUCAUGCAGAAGGGAGGCUGCCCUCGGGGGCCAAGCUGCACGUUCGCGCACUCGGAGGAAGAGCUGGAGAAGUACCGUUCAAAAAGCCGUCAACUCCUGUCCUCGCUGAACAGUCAGAACAAGAAUUCAAACGUUUCACGCGGAGAUGGCUCCUUAUUAAGCGAGGGUAAUAAUGAGACAUCUACCCAGUCCAUGCCUGGCAGUUCAAACGGCAAGCCACCAAGGGACCAACCCAUAUACAGCCUGGAGGAAUGCUCCGCUGCCGCCAGGCUGGGGAGCGAGUCUCUCUACAGCAGCGUGUCGGGGCUGUUCUCUGAUCAGCAGGAACGCAGCACUGGCUCGGCUGCCAUGGGCUAUAAAUCUGAAUCGGGCCGGAUCCACAGGCCCCCUCUCAGUGCAUUCUCUCAGCUGGCUUCCUCAGAGAGAAAUGAGGAUGAGCUACGUUUGGAUGAAGAUAUUCAAGCUUCUCUCUAUGGACUCAGGGAUCGUAACGAGCAGUCAAUGACUACCAGGAAGGAGUUGAGUAGCCCCACUCCCGGGCUGCCACCCCACCUGGAGUACCCCAAUAUCUUACCGAGCAGUAACACCAAGAUGUACCUAGCCAGUCGUAGCCUGAGCAUGAAUGCUAGCGAACCAUCGGUGGGCAGAGAGGACUCGGAGAGGACGUCCAGUGUGGGCGGGGGCAGGGUGAUGCACCAUGAAGCCAAGGGGCGAAGACCAGGGCCGGAUAUCGACAGAUACGCUCUACCGCCUGAAGAAGGGUACUUUUAUGAGAGGAGGAUGCCAUCCAAUGAAGCUCCUGCCGCCUAUGGUGGCCAGGCGCCUUCACCUCAUCCACCACCCCAACCCCACAUCCUGGUGCCCACCAUGCCGCCGCCACCCCAAGGCGACCCCUAUGACCGCAAGCCGGACAAGCACCCUUACCCCUACCACGCCCCCUCCGGUGGUGGUUACCUGUACCCUGAGUCCCAGGUGAUGCCCCAGACUCCACCGCCGGAGCCGCCGAGGCAGUACCGCAGACCGGUGGUGCAGCGCUACGUUGAUCCUCACACCAUGAAGGCGUAUGAUGUGGUGCCUGUGGAUGACUAUGUUGAGCCCUCAGCUCCGCCCCCAUCGUUGUUGCCGAGCCAGAGGUACAAGCCACAACCCAUGUAUCAUGGGGAGCCAGACUUCUACCCUCCGUACGACCAGCGAGGGCACAGGAUCGCCGACAUGAGACAUUUACCACCAGUAGGCACACCACAGGGGAACCCCAGUCACCUCAUCCCUGAUGAUAGCUCCAAGCGACCGGGGGGUAAAUUACCAAGCCACAAGGUUGCAGUCUCACCACCCAAACCAAAGCCGCCUCUUAGAUUGGAAAGAGGCCCGAGCCUGACAGAGUUGAAGGAACGUCAGACCUACCUGGUGACCAGGUUGGAUGAGAUCCAGGAUGAUACCGACACCAAGGAUGAUGAGCCUGUCACCUCCACCCCAUGGAGUAGGCCCGCCACCUCCAGCUCCACCAAUCCCCCCACCAGCCUGUGGGCUCACAUGGCUGAUACCCAGCCAUCAUGGACAACGUCCAGCAGUAGAGCCCUGUCAGAUAGCCUCUGGGGAACGUCCACAGAAUCAAAGGAAGCCAUAUCAUCAACAGGCCUAAGCUUUAGUUUCACAGGCAUUGAAGAUGAGGAGGAGGAGGAGGACAUCGACCACCGGAAGAAUGGUAUAGAUGUUGAUGCAGAGGAGGAGAUAGAGACUUCCAAGUUUACAGAUGACGAUGAGACUACUGAUCAGGCGGAUAGGUCGGACAGUGAAGUAGGAAGCUAUAAUCCUUGGACGAGCACGUCUCUGUUCAUGCCUAACACGGGGAAAGCGGUUAAAGAGACGGCGACCAACUACACGAUGACUUAUAGCAAGGUGUUGGUCCGUCAUGUCUCGGCCAACGAGGAUGACCCGUCGCAGAGGACACCUCAUGGCUCGCACCAGAUGGGAGACUAUGAGAAGAUGUCCAUGCAUGAGCUGGAGAGAACCUUGAAGGAGGUGGGGCAGCAGGACCAGAGGGCCGGCAGCAGUCACUUUGAGCGGGGACACAAGAUCCAGAUUGAGAUGGGGCGUCGAGAAGAGGACGGUCCCACCCCUUCGCCCCACUUCUCGAGCAACUCCGUUCCCCUGCCAGCCCAGCUUGUCAGCAAGGAACCCAUCCUGCAUAUGUACACCAAGUACCCCCAUGCAGGGGCUCUGGCGGCUUCGUAUGGACCGGUAUCUGGCUCAGCCAGAGCUCUGGGCAGCAACACAGGCCCUCUUAAGGUGAGCGCUGGCAUGGUUGAGAAUACGAUGCCAGUCAACAUGACACAACAGGAUUGUCAAGUGGCUCCAGGGUUCCAGACCCCCGAGGGUGAUGGCUACUACAUCAAGACACCCAAAGCACCUUCAGCUGAACUUGAAGCUACAAUUCUCAAAGAUGACUGGGAGACCACUGUAGAGAAGCUUGUUGAGUGUGAUCCACAAGCACAGGAGAAACUGAAACAAGCCCUGAGCCAGGUUAGGACCAGGAUCCAGGCCAAGGAGACUGCAAAGCAUGCCCACAACACAUUUAUAAUAGACUUUGAAGAGAAGAUACUGGAGAACAUGAACUGUGAGAAAGACCACCGGCCUGUCGUCGACUGUAGUCAUGGCGACUGUAGUCAUGGCGGUAACCAUGUAACACACCAGGUCAAACCUCCUCAGCAGAAUGUUUCAGUCCAACAGCCUGAAAACAGGGCUGUUCAGAUGCAGGAGUCUGGGCUCUCCCGCUACGCCCGCCAGCCCGAUCCUCACCACGUCCGCCAGCCUGACCCUCACCCCAGGGACCCCAGGGACCCCAGGGACUCUCAUUGGAUGCCGCAGCGCGGGGGCAGUCCAGGCCACGCCCCAGGUUACCAGUACGUUGAACCCCACCCCCAUAUGGAUGGGUACACCAGCCCCAAGACUCCUUACCCUCGCCUGGUCCCUGCGGGCAGCAGACAGACCAGAUAUGGCCCCCCUCCUCCUGGACCCGCUAGCCAUGUACAAGUAGAACGCCAAGGGAUACAUGCCUCCAAACGCCAGAUGGAGGCAGCAGACCUCCAGUAUGCCAAACAGGUGCAGGACAAGGAGCGUGAGGAGUACCUGAGGCACCUGGAGGAUGUCCAGAGGAGGCACGACCAGAUGGACCGUAUGGAGCAGCAGAAGCGGACCCAGGAGGAGCGGGACAGGAAGAUCGCCAGGGAGCUUGCCAUGAGGGAGGCCAUGUACAAUAAUUACCCCUAGUGGUGGAGCUUAGAUGCUGGAGGAGGGCAACGUUACCCCCCCCCCCCCCCCACUACCUAAGAAAGUGCAGCAGAGAUGGAGGAAGUUGUAGCUGUUGCUGUAGUAGCGUUAUAAAACAGCUACUGUAAUGCUGUCAGUUUUGUCACUUUUAUUAUACAGCAUGAUGCAGAACUGAUAUAAUAUUAAGUGAUUCAAUAUGUUAAUUUGUGAUGUUCCUUAAUUAUGUACACAUAUGGUAUACAUGUAAUGUAAGGAAGAAGAUUUUGUAGUGCAUAAUCUUUCCUGGUUGCUUUUUAGAGUUAGAUAUUGCUAAGAUUAUUUACAUUUAUCUGAUAGUGUUAACAGUCUAUACCAGUGAACUUCAAAAUGAUAUUGUCAAAUAUAUCUUCUGUAUUUCACUGUUUGUAUGCUUUUUGACAAUCGUAUAUAUUUGGAGGAUUGUAUGGAAGGGAGAAAAGGAUAUGUGUGGAUAUGAAAAAUAUUGUUCACUCCAGGCUAUGAGAUAUAGUUAUCUACAUGUACCAACCCAAAUGUUAGUUACAUAUAAUUAUACUGCAUAAGCAGCUAUUUUCGCAGGGGGUUUAUUUUCAUGAAUUUCACAAAUUGCUCAUUGAUGGCGAAUUUAACAACACGCGAAUAUUUCCAGCAAGUAUUAUGUUGCAUGUCGAACUAGCUGAAGAAAGCCCCUUCACUUGUAGCGUACGGCAUCUAUAGACUAUGGACUAUACACUAUAGCCAUCACAGGGUCAUCCAGCGAAGUUUAAGACUACAAGGAUCGUAAGAGAUCACUUCAAUGGAUUAUUUUCAUUUAUUUCUCCCAAAAUAAUUCUUAUGUAAUGACGAUUUGUGACACGCAGUAAUGAGUUGAUGAUCCACGGAAAUAGAAUGAUCAUCAUUAAAAAGUAUAACAUUGGUUAUGGCUGCGGCUUUAUGUGAAAUAAUGAGAUUCAAAUUUGUCUCUGAACCAUAGAUAAGCGAAAAUAUUGCCAUAUACAAUAAUUAAGGAAGCGAGGGAGAAGAGAGGACAGUGUGUGAUGCCAAAAUUAUGUCAUUUUGUAAAUGGCUCUGGUCACUUCUGCAAUCAAAGACACCUCUUUGUUGCUUUUUUUCCAUUAAUACGAUUUUAGACAUCUGAAAAUUAAGCAGUAUUAAUGUUUAAUACUAUCCUUAAUACCAUCUUUACUCAAAUCAUGUUCAAUUCCUUACUGGUACUUCAAAUCAUGUUUAGUUCCAUUAAAUUUAAUGUCGGGUGAGAGGUACAAAAAUAGGAAUGGAUCCUCUUUAUAAAUUCUAGGGGGUCUUUACUUCAGCCUAAUAUGAAAUCAUGAAGUUCAAGAAAUCAUUUGCAUUUGUUUUAGAAUCCAAAUGACUCACAUAACUUCCCCCACACAAGGAAAAUUCAGGAUCAAGUCUUCAAGUUGAUAAUGUUUGCUGAACAAUUCUCAAUUCCUGGCGUUUUUAAUUUGAACUUGUACCAAUACAGUUUGGGAGUGAGUGGAGGAACAAUUUUUUAUAGGUACCAGGCAAAUUUACUGUGUAAAAAAGCUUCCAGUCUUUUCUGGUUGAAAAGUCUAACCUCCAUUGAUUCUUUUGUGAGUUGAAAUUGGUUACCGGGUAUUUAUUUAUUCCCAUGAAGUGUAAUUUGGGAGAAAUUUAGUAGCACAUCCACUGACAUUUGGAUUGCUAAGUGUAUCUUACAAACUUUCACAGACGCCGGAUGCGUAUGGGGUUGGAUUAGUUCAAUAACUUUAAUAUGCCACUCAAAUUAUCUCCAGGUGCCACAUUGUAUUUAUCAUCAGAUAUACAUAAACAAAGGCUUUACGACUACUAAACCGUUUCCAGUGCAGGAUCAAUCUAUACUAAUGUUAAAAGGGUUGUCAUGGAGCUAAUCAGACCUGAAAUGGGUAAUUUUGCAAAGCUAUUGUGUUGCACAAAGCAAUCCGUCCAUCAAUUGAUGCUUAUUGCUGGUGCAAAAGUGCAUGUGUGGUAAUCAAGCAACCAUGCAGAAAAGCGAGGAAAGCAACCGAAGCGUUACAAAAGCAGCUGGUAUUAAUCAGCAGUUGUAUGGAUAGUUGUUUGAGGGACUCAUGGAAAAGCAUGAAGGUUGUCCAGUUUGAAAACAGUUCCCCUUUCAUUUAAACAUAUUUUCCAUGUGUACAUGUAACUUGUUUUGACUAAGUAUUUUGGACGUAUCCAACCAUAUCUAGAUUGGUUCUUUUACCGCUGUAAGUUAAUGUUAAUAACGUACAUUUAUUUUGUGUGUUACUGGGUAUGUUCUCAUUCUCUAUUCUCUAAAAUUUAAUUUUUUUAAAUAUAUUUCUAAAGUUAUGCACCGUACUAGUUGAGUUGAUUCACGACUUGGUAUCCUCUUGGAACAUUAUAUUUCUUAUUGUCGCCUUCGAUUUUUCAGAAAGCUACACAAAAUGCAGGAGUUCCAAUCAACUAAGCAGGUCAUGCUUUUGUGACAUGUACAUGCAUUCAACCAUUGCAUGUCAUUCAGUAAAUCAUAUUUCAUCGUAAUUUGAAAUGUAAUGAUACAUUAUUUUAAAUUCUUCUCUAUUCCUAGAUGGGACAUUGUAUGAAUAUACAUGUAUUGUGUAGAGUCAUCACGUAAAGGAUGCCCAUUUUUGCGGUUCUUUAGAUAUUUAUUAGCCUUUAGCGUUUAGGGUUUAAUGUAACCUUAUCAUGUUAUCAGUCUAAAUGCACCUUAUUGCUCUAGGAGUAUUGCCCCCCACCCCCCCCCCCCCCCCCAUUUUAUUUAUCAGAUUAAAGCAGGGCACAAGUACAAGACACAGGCAUAAGAAGGAAUUACGUGUAAUGUCUCCAUUUGAAGAAUACUCCUUGGUGAGGUUUCUUAAGAUAUUUAUUCUGCCCUUUUAGCAUUUUUAGCGGUCUAAAUGCACCUUUAUUACUCUAGGUGUAUUAUCCCUCCCCAUUCUUUAAAAAAAAAAUCAGAUUAAAGGAGGCCACAAAUUGUAGACAUAAUAUUAACAGUACUGUCCUUUAUAUUAAAGGAUUGUCAUAUCCUGUCAUUUAUGUGAAAAUCACAUUUUUUAAAAACUUGUCUAUCCGUGACAUCGGAAAGUAGUCAAUUUGUUAAUCUUUGGAGCAAAAACUGGGCAGCAGCUCACAAAACCAUGAGUAUUUGUACGAGUUCACCCUCGACUUAUUGAAAAGCAUGUGUUUAUUUAACAUGCGUUCCAAUAGGAUAUCUGUGAACUUGUAUGUAGGAUAAUUUCGUUAAAAAUGAUGCCCUGGUCUGUUACCCCCCCCCCCUUUCUGACUGUUAAAAAAAGUACAGAAAAAGUGAAAAGGAACAGAGUUCUGCCUGUAUCGUGUAAGAUGUCCAUGUGCUUAUGAAAAGAAAACUUAAUUUUAGACUGAAGCAAGUUCACAAAGUAAACUUCAGAUGAUGGUCGAAAAAAGUUUGUUGAAAUAUUCUGUCAUAUGUUAUGAGAGAAUUUUUAAGGUUUCCUCGGUGAGAGGAAACCAUUGGGAGUUGAUAUUUUCUGUUUUCUAGCAGCUGCUCUCCUCUUUAAGAAAAAAUUGAACUUGAAGCAGUUCGUAACAGGAAAAGAAGGAGAGGGAAAUUAUUAUUAAAAGAGCCAUGUUGGGUCGCUAUGUUUUGAUAAAACAUUUAUGUGUACACUUUACAAGUCAGAUUUAAAAAACUAUGACCAUUUAAUUAGUUUGUGGGUGCCUUUAUAUAUAUCGGUAACUUUUCAUUGUGUCGUGUGACACAUAGAAGGGAUGGAGUUAUUUUUAACAUUUUAUUUAUAGUGUAGUGGUUUGGUGGUAGGUUUUACUGUGUGAAAUUGAAAUCAAUCGUGUCUUUAUGUUUAAGUUGUGUAAAUGUGGUGUAAACAUGUAUGUCUAGAUGACUAGGCAUUUAAUAUGUUGUUGAUAUAAUUUUCAAAUAAUAGUGAUAGCUAAUGGUUUAUGAUAUGAAGAAGGUUUCAUUUUACAUUAAUGCGUAUCAUAUGCAUGCUGUGUACAUAUUGGCUGUGCCGCUACAAAUAGUGAUCAAGGUGUAGGUAUAUCGAUGUAAUUUCUGUAAUGCAUGUAUCAUCAUUUUUCUCAUUAAGUGUGUGUCCUGUAGGCUAUACCAACAAAUUGCACAAUGUUUAUUCUAUAAUUGAUACUUUAUCAAUCUGUGUAGACUGACUUAUUAGCAUUGUAGCAAUCUUAUUCAAAUAUUUAGUAGUGUAUUUUCAUCUAUAUAUCUGAUGGCAGUAUACUAGUAGUACACGAUUUCGUAUUCUCGUUACAUAUGCAUUUAUUUUUUAAACAACAAAUACAUUAUUGAAAAUGAUAUAUAUUUGUAUUAAUAUCUUCACCUUUUGUUCUGGAAAAAAAAAAUUUAUUAAGAAAAGUAAGUUUAAGUUAAAAUCCAAAUAUAUCUAUUAAUCAUUCAUAGAAAUUAAAACUUACAUUUAAAAUCAUAAACCUUGAUUAUUCUAGAGAUUAAUUAAAUGCUUUUUUUUCUUCUGUUUCUUCAAAUAAAUGCAACAUUUUUUUGCUAUGCUUUUAUAAUGUGGAAGAUGGAGUGCAAUGCUCUAUGAGCUUUGAUAACUCCCUGAACUUUUUAAUACAUAUGCUAUACCAGUAGGUGAAAAUUAUGUAAUGAACAGAAAGAAGUGCACACAGCCAUCAUUUCUUUUUUGUAAAAAGCAUUUAAUAAGAGAAGUCUUAGUCUACAGAUAUUAAUAAUUAUACUAAUCUGGGUUUAUAUAGCACUUUAAUUAAUGGACGAUGUCUCCAAGCGCUUUUACUCCAACUCUCAACUUGGGUUCUGUGCGCACCGUUCUAUACAAGUGUGUACGCAUGCGUCACUUAACUAGUCUACAUAAUGAGUCAUUUUGCUGUUUACUGACAGUACAUUUAAACUGUAGCAUCUUUUUGGAGAAGUAAUGAUUUGAAUUUCAUAUUCUGGAUACAGUUUAUCGACAUGGAAUCCCUUCAUACACCAGGAGCAAAACCUGUUUAGGUGACUGGCGCACUUUGAACCCCUUGAAAAGAUGUUUUUAUAAUGUUCCUUUUUUUUUCAGGUACCGGUACAUGAAAGUGCUGAAAGAAAUCUUUAAAUUCCUUCUCUAUUUGCCUAUUCAAAUGAAAUUAGGGGCUGUUUGCAGACACAGUGUAGUUGCCUGUCAAUAUUAUAUAAAUUAUGAGUUUAGGCCCUAGGUCUCAAUAUCUUACCCAAACAUUGUUUACAAUUAUUAGGGAUUUUGUUCUCUUAUAAUAAGGGUGACUAUUUUAUUUCUCUACUUUUUUCAAUUUGUAUUUUGCAUUUUUUUUUUUAUCACCUUGUUUUGGUGUCGGCAACCACUUGACACUGCCUCCAAGGGCCAGCAAGACAAAUAGAUUGCUCUGAAUUUUAAUUUUAAUACGUGGAAGGUUUAUUAUUUCUUCAUAAAACCCUUUAUGUCCAUCCAGUUAUCAUUUUAACUAGGGAAAUAUGAUUUACAAAGUACCUGUUAAGGCCUGUUCAGGUAAGAUGCCAAAACAAUACAAAAAACACUAGUUUUUUUAACAUGUAAACGAAUUGCAACUGUGCGCAACAAAGAUCAUGCGCAUAUUCACCGAGCUCUGUGUUAUAGCAUACAGACAUGCAAUGUGUAUUACAUUUUUCGUCAUCUUAAAAAAAGAAAAUCAGUGGUUUUGCCAACGUCAUAGCUGAGCGAGGCCUUAUGGAUCUGAAACUUCAUUUAUAUUUAUAAUUUAUUCUCUAGAACCUUGCCCUUAUACAUGGUUUAUAAUAAUUUGCAUUUUGUUUACAAUUAUGAUGCGAGACAUCCGUAUACUAGUGUGUUUAUCAUUCAUAUCAUGAAUUAGAAAUGUCAGUGUGUGUGUUAUCCAAAUAAAAUUUAAUAGCCAGUUAA